AUGAAUGAUCUGAUAGGUGAGCUCAGCAGCACCAAAGUUGGAUGCUCAAUAGAUGGCGUUAUGAUCAAUAACAUAAGCUAUGCAGAUGACAUGGUGCUGCUGAGCCCAUCGAUCAACGGUCUCACGAGGCUUCUGGCAGUCUGCGAGUCGUAUGCGGAAACACACGGACUUAGGUACAAUACUAAAAAAAGUGAACUGUUAGUCUUUCAGGCUCCAAAUAUAAAAAAGAGACUGGUUCCUUCAGUCUACUUAGGAGGAGUAGAGUUAAACAGAAUCACCGAGUUCAAGUACCUGGGUCACGUGGUCACGGAAACGCUCGUAGACGACCUGGACAUGGAGCGGGAGCGCAGGGCGCUGGCGGUCAGGUGCAACAUGCUGGCUCGCCGGUUUGCACGCUGUACUCGACAAGUCAAGCUGACCUUGUUCCGAGCGUACUGUCAGUCCCUCUACACGUGCAGCCUGUGGGUCAACUACACGCGCCGGGCCUACAGCGCGCUGCGCGUCCAGUACAAUAACGCACUGAGGAUCGUGUUGGGGCUGCCGAGAUUCUGCUCCGCAUCAGGUAUGUUCGCUGAAGCCAGAGUGGAUGACUUCUUUGCCGUCAUGCGUAAGCGAGCAGCUUCCUUGCUAUCGCGUACGCGGAGCAGCUCGAAUGCUAUCCUCAGUGUGUUGGCGGAUAGGAUGGAUAGUCCAAUUGUGAGGCAUUGCGUAGGUGUACACAUUAACCGAAAUAAGAAAUGA